ACUACGAAGCUCAAACAAUGGAAGCUAUAUAUCAGUCAAAACGUCUGUAUGUCCAAGAGAUGAAAAAGCUUGUUGGUGGAGACAAUCCAUAUAUGCCUCCUGAUCAGCUGGCGGAGGAACACAACCGAUGCUUAAAAGAUGCAGAACAACUGUUCAAUGAAACCGAAAUGGUCGGUGGUCAAGAGUUCAGGAGGAACUACUUGAAUCAGCUACAUAGAGAGAUUGACCAGGAGUACGAUAACUUUAAAAAGCUCAACGAAAUAAAAAAUACAACAAGUAUUCAUGCGACACGAACCCCCGCCGUGUUGUUCACCGUGAUGGUAGCGGCGUACCUGGUGGCUAAGAUAUUAGGCUGGUGUGGAUUCACGUUACUGGCUAACGUGCUGUAUGUGAUUGCCUUUAUCUUCACCGUUCUCCUGCUCAUCUGGGUGUUGGUUCCAUAUACUGGGGGACACAAAACAGUGUCCGCUGUCAUAGAUCUGUUGGCUGAUCUUAUAUGGGAUUACAUGCUGUGUUACAUCUAUACAAGGGCUUCCUAA